UACCAUUCCCUUAUAAACCGCAACACGCUUCGCGAUUCUUUUCUCGAACACAGUAGAUCUGUUACUCGAAUAAUUCCCAUCGAAUUUAUCGUAAAUAGCUAUCUAAUCGAAUCGCAAAGAUGGAUUUCUCCGACUCAUUCCGAAUCGUCAACCUUGCCGUGGGCAUCAUCAUGAUACUCGGUGGUAUAUCGCAAUUCUUCCUAGGCUUAUUUCCCUCAAUCAUCAUCGGCAUCUACGUAAUCGUCUUCGGUCUCUCCAUCUCCCUCCUCGAAUUCCAAAUCCCCGCCCAAGUAUCGCGCUACGCCUCCUUCCUCUUCUCCUUCAUCGGGCGCGGAGUAUUCUACGUAUUCGUCGGCACCAUCCUCCUCAACAACGGCGUAAUCCGCAUCAUCGCCGGUACUGUAGUCGCCGCCGUCGGUCUAGCCUACAUCGCUCUUGAAUUCGUGCCCUCCGUCGAGCCCCCCGCCAACAUGCGCGAUGCCGAGCAAGUUGGUUGGGGCGCCGAGCAGGUAUAAAAGCCGAUGCGCGACUACACCCCAUUGGUGGAUCUCUUGGAAUGGCGGUAAAUGGAUUUCCAGACGAUACCUUGUU